AUGGAAAUUUGCAUCACCAUUUAUCAUUCGCAAUACACACAACUACGCUGCCCAUAUCUGCGUGAACUCAGACCGUGCCUCCCCGGACAACCAGCCAUCAAUGUCACCAGCAAUAGCAGAUUCCAGAAUUUGCUCAUUCCACCCAGUACAAUCUAUCCCGAGGGCAGUCUCAUUAUUGAAGUCAUUGAGAACCCAAUGAUUCCACUUACUGAAAUCAAAUCACUCAAAAAUUGGUGCAAACAGUGUAUCAUUCUUCCAGAUCGUCCACAAGGUAGGAAAAGCCGCGAUUGUGCUACGUGGUGUGCUACAUUUGAUGAACAUCUCGACAUUACUCCUUUAGGUUUAAAGAAAUGUGUAUUGGAAGAACGUGGAUACAAUGGUACGGAGUUGGUUAGCACCUGUGCCGGUAAAGAGCACAUCCAGCCGCACAAAGGUUUCCCUGUAUACGUAAGAUCCUCGGAAGUAACUGAGAAGCAGAUGAACGAUUUGUGCUCGAACGCCGUUUAUAUGGAGAUCUGCAUAUCGAUAGUCGCCUCAGAAUACACGAGACUACGCUGCCCUCGUCUACGAGAACUUCGGCCAUGUCUCCCAGGACGACCAGCUAUCCAGAUUAAGAACAACUUGAAGUUCAGAGAGUUCCUCAUUCCUGUCACAGUGAUCUACCCUCAACACGAGCUGAUCUACGAAAUUACGGAAAACCCCGUCCUGGACAUAACGAUCAUCACAUGGCUCAAGAAGAAGUGUGAACGCUGCCUGGUGACGGCCAAUCUCGGAUGUGAUCUGCAGAAGCGAACAUACAGUAAUAAGGAACUGGUCGCUGCUUGUGCAGGAAAGAAGAUCAUUCGUCCAGCUCAGGGGAGAACAGCUAUACGAAUUGUCGACAACUUCCUACUGGAGACGCUUAUUAUUCCUUGGCAAUUUAUCUACCCGAAAGGAGAUAAGAUCCUUGAAAUCAGCAACAAUCACGACUUUCAAUUACAAUCAUCGAAAAACUCAAGAUACUUUGCCCCAGGUUGCAUAAUCACUGCAAAUCUAGGUUGUGGCCUUCAGAAGCGGGACUACUCCACCAAUGAACUUGUUGAUGCGUGCGCAGGAAAGGAGAUCAUAAAGCCAGCGCAAGGAUACAUUUUGAUACUUAACAGCGAUUCCGUGACCGAAAUGCAGCUGAACGCACUGUGCUCAAGAAGCUGUCUACAUGGAAAUUUGCAUCACCAUUUCUCACUUCGCAAUUCUUACAAUUACGCUGCCCAUAUCUGCGUGAACUCAAACCGUGCAUGCCCGGUAGGUCGCCCACAAACUUCGUUCGGAGUACCAGCCAUCAAUGUCACCAGCAACAGCAGAUUCCAAAACCUGCUUAUUCCAUCCAAUACAAUCUAUCCCGAAGGCAGUCUCAUUAUUGAAGUCAUUGAGAACCCAAUGAUUCCACUUACUGAAAUCAAAUCACUGAAGAGAUGGUGCCCACAGUGCAGAAUCCUUCCUGCGGGACAUGCUAACCCA